CCCCAAUCGGCUUUUCUUGUUCUUCAAAGCUUGGAUUUUCAGCCAACAAAAACCAACCCAGAUCAGUUUUGGAAUCAAGAGUUGCAGAUGCUGGUAUUCGAAGUUUGAACUGGUUGAAUGCCACUUUGGGUGUCUUUACAGCAUUCCAGAUUGAGGUUUUUGUUUACACUAAAGGAGAAGGGGCCAAGUAAAGAUCUUGAGGAGUUGGGAAUUUUCAAGUUUCCUGGAGAUGGCUGGUGUACAAGAUCAAUUGGAGAUCAAAUUUAGAUUGACCGAUGGAUCGGAUAUCGGUCCUAAAACCUUUCCUGCUGCUACCAGUGUUGCAACCUUGAAGGAAAGUGUUCUUGCACAAUGGCCUAAAGAGAAGGAGAAUGGUCCAAGGACAGUGAAAGAUCUCAAGUUAAUCAGUGCUGGAAAAAUAUUGGAGAACAACAGAACACUGGAGGAGUGCCAGAUCCCUCUUUAUGAUAUUCCUGGCGGAUUGACGACGAUGCAUGUUGUCGUUCAACCUCCUUCAGAGAAAGAAAAGAAGGCAACAAAUCAAGCACAACAGAAUAAAUGUGUCUGUGUCAUAUUGUAAUCUACGGCUCCCGGAGAGGAUGGCGUCAUUUUCAUGUGGUUUUCCGUCACUCUACUCUUCCUAUUGCAGCUAACAUAACAUAACCCUUGGUUUUUAAACUAAGUUCCAUCCAAAGUUUUUCUGCAGAUGAUGAGUGCUUGAACUGGUAUAGAAGAUCAACUUGAGGUGUUUUCCGAUUGAUGAAGUUGGUCAGCGUCUUGCAGAUUUAUCAUAUAAGUCAUGUUUUUUGCUUCCAGUUUAUACCUUACUUCUUUAGCCGAUCACCAUCCAUCCAUUCCGUUCAAUUUUUCUCAUUUCAUGUUAUCGAAUCGCUGAUUUUGUCCAAUUUCAUACCACCAAGUGAAUUUUUUGUGUUUCUGAUUCUUCUUCCCUUGUACAAUAUCGCCUUUUAUCUUGUAAUUGAACUCAUGUUGGUUGUCAUACUUUUUUUUACCGAUUAUAAAGAUUCAUGUCGACCUUUAGCGAA